AUGGCUCCCAAACGUCCCAAUUUCUUGGUGAUUGUCGCCGAUGAUCUAGGCUUCUCUGAUGUGGGCUGCUUCGGCGGCGAAAUUCGCACUCCAAACAUUGACAAGAUCGCCGAGGAAGGUCUACGAUUUACAGACUUCCAUGCUGCUGCUGCAUGCUCUCCAACACGUGCCAUGAUCAUGACAGGAACAGACCACCAUAUUGCAGGCCUGGGCAACCUAAUUGAAUGGACCAACAUCUCUGGUCAAAACGGACCCAAGGGUUCGGCCAUGAGCACCGCCCCACAGCGUGGUAUGCCCGGUUACGAAGGAUACCUCAAUGAGCGGGUCGUGGCACUCCCCGAGAUGCUGCGUGAUGGUGGAUACCAUACAAUUAUGUCGGGGAAAUGGCACUUGGGUCUGACGCCAGAGCGUUCACCGUCCAAGCGCGGGUUUGAGCGAUCAUUCGCCCAUUUACCUGCUUGCUCAAACCAUUAUGCUUAUGAGCCUGAAUUGAAGGAUAAAGAUCAGAUCCCUACUUUUAUCGAAGCCAGUUACAUUGCUCUGCAUAUGGAGGACGGCGAGUAUGUGCGCAAACUUCCUGAAGGGUGGUACUCCUCUGAUGGCUAUGGUGAUAAAAUGGUGGAUUAUCUGAAGGAAUGGAAGGAGAGCGGUGGAAGUGAUGGCCCUGAUGGCAAUGGAGACCGUCCCUUCUUCGGAUACCUCCCCUUCACAGCGCCGCACUGGCCGCUCCAGGCCCCGCGCGAGUACAUCGAUCACUACCGGGGUGUCUAUGAUGAGGGUCCAGAUGUUCUCCGCCAGAAGCGUCUACAGCGCCUGAAAGAGCUUGGGAUGAUCCGCGAUGAUGUUGAGCCACACCCCGUUCAGGCUGAGGAAGUCAAGCCCUGGGAAGAGUACUCAGCCGAAGAGAAGAAGAAGUCCGCAGUAGCCAUGGAGGUCUUCGCUGGUAUGGUUGAAUGCAUUGAUUCCAACGUGGGCAAGGUAGUGGAGUACCUCCGCUCCAUCGACGAGCUAGACAACACAUUCGUUUGCUUCAUGUCCGACAACGGAGCUGAAGGCGCAGCCUACGAAGCCUACCCAAUGGUUCAAAACGGCGUCAUGCCCCACCUCCAGAAAUACUACGACAACAGCCUCGACAAUCUUGGCAACGGCAACUCAUUCAUCUGGUAUGGUCCACGCUGGGCCCAGGCUGCCACAGCCCCAUCACGCUUAUACAAAGCCUACACAACCGAAGGCGGGGUCCGCGUCCCAUUCACCUGCCGCUUCCCUCAAAACUUCAACAUCAACCCAGUCGAUGUAGCAACCGGCAAGGGCGGCAUAACCGACCAAUUUGCAACUGUCAUGGACCUAGCCCCCUCAAUCCUCGACAUGGCAGGCCUGAAACACCCAGCCCCAACCUACCAAGGCCGCGAAGUAGUCGAGAUGCGCGGAAAAAGUUUCCACCCCUGGGCGAUCGGCCAAGCAGAACGCAUCCACCCCAAAGAUUUCAUCCAAGGCUGGGAAACAUGCGGCAGAGCCGCUCUCCGCUGCGCAGAUUGGAAAAUCGUCUUCAUCCCCAAGCCCAAGGGCCCAGAGAAAUGGCAGCUGUACAACCUCGUCAACGAUCCCGGUGAAAUCCACGACUUGUCAGAAUCAAACCCGGAUAAACUGAAACAGCUCCUCAAGCUCUGGGAUCAGUAUGUUCUUGAAACGGGCGUCGUCCCGCUUUGCCCUGAUCUCGGUGAUUUCUUGGAGGCUACUGAGGCACAGAUGCCUGAGAAUGCUUGGAUGGAGUUUGAUUAUUGGAAGCAGGGUGCUAGAGAUGAGCCGGAGAAGUUUUCUAGGCAGCCGCCUAGGUUUCAGCGUACCGUUCAGCCGUUCUAG